AUGUUACGGAAUUAUAAAAGAUCUAAUUUGAUGCCUGAUUUAAUAGCUGGUUCUACAGCGGGUGCCAUGAUGAUUCCACAAGGAAUGGCAUUUGGUGCCUUGUCUACACUACCUCCAAUUGUAGGUCUUUAUAUUUCUUUGUUUGCUCCAUUAACCUACUUCUUCCUCGGAACUUGUCAUCAAAUUUCUAUGGGUAAUUUAAUGAUGGCAGACGUAUUAGAUUUAUAUGAUGCUAAUAUUAAAUCUGUGAAUUCAGUUCUCUAUUCCGUGAUGAAUUCCACUAUCAGUAAUACAACUGAUAUAGAUAAUGGUAUUAUAUCUGAUAUACAGACUAAACGUAUUGACGUAGCGUGUUCUGUUACGUUUAUAGUUGGUAUGAUAACUAUAUUACUAUCCAAGCUAGGACUGGGUUUUGUGACAUGUUUUAUGUCCAACUCUCUAAUAACAAGUUUUACUGUUGGUGUUUCUAUUCAUGUUUUUACUAGUCAACUUAAAAAUGGUCUGGGUUUAAAAUUAGAGAGAGAGACUGGAUUAUUUAAAUUACCAAAGACGUGGUAUAAUGUCUGUGCUCAUUUAACGGAAGCGAAUAUAGCCACUCUUAUAACCUGGAUAUUAUGUAUUAUUAUAAUUUAUCUGGUGAAAGCUCAGAUUAAUGAUCGGUUUAAAAACAAAAUGAAGAUUCCAAUACCAAUAGAACUUAUUAUGGUAAUCUUUGGAACAUUGGCUUCUUAUUAUAUUGGUUUAAAUGAACAAUAUGAUGUUAAAAUAGUAAAAUCCAUACCUAAAGGUAUCCCAGUUCCUAAAGUACCGAGUUUAACUCUAGCUACCGACUAUCUCGGUGACGGUAUACUGAUAGCUGUAGUCUCUUACGCCCAGACUGUAGCUCUAGCUAAAACAUUUGGUUUGAUGCAUAAAUACGAAAUCAACCCUGAUCAGGAAAUGUUUGCUUGUGGCGCCGCCAAUGUUGUAUGUUCGUUAUUUUCUGGUUAUAUUACGGCAGCGUCUGUCUCUAGAAGUGUGGUUGUUAAUGGAGCUGGUGCCAAAACACAGUUCCAGUCAUUAGUAGCGUGUUCUAUUGUAUUAUUAGUUAUUGUUGUUUUAGCUCCGUAUUUCUUUCAUCUACCAUUAUGUGUAUUAGCAGCUAUUAUUUGUGUUAAUUUACGAGGAAUGUUCUGGAAAUUAACACAACUAAAUCCACUUCGUCGACAAUCAAAAACAGACUUUACGGUAUGGCUGGUAACUUUCCUAGUAGCUGUAUUUGUUGAUGUGAUACCAGGUUUAUUAGCUGGAAUAGCUGUCUCUUUCUUACUUAUUAUAAUUAUCACACAACAGUAA